AUAAAACCUUAAAGAAGAAGACAGGACAGUAGAAACAACAACAAACAGUGAUUAGAUAUAGCUACAGUAGCUAGUUACAAUGUAACAACAACGUGUUAAUAUUGCAUCCAUUCUAUCAACAGCUAUACUUUUGUAAAACUCACUUUGUAAUUGUGAAGCAGGUCAGAAUUAGAAACAAACUCGUGGUUUUAUUUGUUUAACGAGUGUUGAGAACUUUGGACUGAGUGACCAUUGAACUCGUACUGACCGGUCCUCCCUAUCAGAAUUCCGAAGUUCCCCAUAUAUCCCGUGCUCUGGUCAUUCGGCCAUGGCCCUCCGUGUCCUCCAAACCGUGGCGGCGGUGGCUGUUCUCUGUCGMUUCCCCGUAACGUUAACUCGGGCUGGGGACAAGACAGAGGGGACUCCCGGCCAAUCCUACGUGGCUGCGGUAUACGAGCACCGGAUAAUUCUGAACCCGGAGCCGCACGUACCUCUGUCCCGGACCGCGGCGCUCAAGCACAUGAUGAGCAACUUGGAUGUGUACGAGGAGCAGGCCGCGCGAGCUGCGGAACAGGGGGCUCAGAUCAUAGUAUUUCCAGAGGAUGGUCUCCAGGGGUUUAACUUCAGUCGUCUGUCCAUCUCUGGUUACCUAGAGACCAUCCCUGACCCACAGUCCGAGGACUGGAACCCCUGUACACAGACAGACAGACACACUCACACUGAGGUCCUCCAGAGGUUGAGCUGCAUGGCUCGACGUCACAGUCUUUACCUGGUGGCCAACAUGCCUGAUCUCCAGCCCUGCCCUCUGACCUCUCACCCCACCUGCCCCKCCGAUGGGCGCUGGCAGUUCAACACUGAUGUCGUCUUCAGGUCGGACGGUUCCCUGGCAGCGCGCUACCACAAACACAACCUCUACUUUGAGAACGCUUUCGAUGCCCCGCCCAGACUAGAGGUGGUGACCUUUGACACGCCGUURGCCGGACGGUUUGGAGUGUUCACCUGCUUCGACAUCCUGUUCCAUGACCCUACCAUCAGACUACUGGAGCAGGGUAUCAGACAGAUGGUCUACCCCACAGCCUGGAUGAACCAGCUUCCUCUGCUGUCAGCCGUUCAGUUCCAGAGAGCCUUCAGUCGGGGAGCUAACACCACUCUGCUGGCAGCUAARAUCAGGGCAGACAGCCUGGGUAUGACAGGAAGUGGCAUCUUCACCCCUGGAACUGCCAUCUACCACCAUGCCAGGGCUGGGCAGCCAGAGGAGGGGAGGCUGCUGGUGCUGAGGAUACCUGUACUGGACACUGCCUGGCUGGGAACAGAGAAGAGGGCCAAGGGACAGGCAGGAGGAGAGGGGACGACAGGGGGAGAGACUAGUCAACACUGCCAGGAGGAUUCUGUCUCUACUUCUCCUCCUACCGUCUCUCCCUCACCCCCCUUUCCCUUCACCUCCUCUAUGAUGUAUGAUCCCUUCUCCUUCCUCCUGCUGAGUGGUUCAGAGGGCCAGCUGACUGUGUGUGACGGUCCUUUCUGUUGCCACCUGCAGUACCGACGCUCCCCACAGGGGGACAAUGCAGAGCUCUAUGCUCUAGGAGCGUUCUCUGGCACUCACACGGUUAACGGACGCUACAAUGUACAGGUGUGCGCGUUGGUCCGCUGCUUGGGGUCGGAGGUCAGCUCCUGUGGACAGGAAGUGGAGGAGGCAGAGUCGAGAGUUGACUUCCUAUUGGAGGGGAAGUUCGGAACCCGUCACGUUUACCCGUCGUUGCUAGGGAGCGGCAUGGUUCUAGAACAACCUGACCAGGUCAAGACGACCGCAGAUGGUCGAGUGACCAUGGAACACUCAGGGAUGACCGUCGGACUAGUGACCGCAUGUCUCUACGGCAGGGUGUACGACCAGGACUAAGGUGUGUGAGAGAGAGAGAG